AUGGCUCGUUACUUCACCCUCUUUACCACCAUGAUUUCCUUCCUCUCCCUUGGCCUAGCGACAGCUGCCAUCGUGCGAGUGGACGAUUAUGUCGUUCUGAACGGCACCGCCCUACUGUUUGACCCCGUGGGGGGCUUCAACGAUACCACUCGCGAUUUGGCAUGGCAGGCCGACUACUUCCAAACCUUGGAUCUUUUGGCUAUCAACGCUUUGUACCGGGAAGCGAACGCGGGCAUCUCUCAGAGGGAUCUCAGGCCAAGGACUGGUCCUACAUGUCUCGCCUGCAUGGUCGUACAGCUGGCCAGCGGUGUUGCAAGCUCUAGAACAGAGGCCUUUGUAACAUGUAGCCAAACCACUAGUAGCUGUGACAGUUUGACAAUAACUACUUUAGAGAGCAACGUAAAAAGGUACUGGAUUGCGGCCGGCAUAGGAUUAUACACCGCUGGUAACUACGCUUAUGAUGUUUGGAGCCAGUACCGCUGGUGA